AUGCGGACUUUCGCCGAAUCCACCAAGGAGGUGCCCGCCUGGCAGAUGCAUCAGCAUCGUCCCAGUGCGACGCCGACAGAAGACAUUCGCCCUUCAUUGGACGGCAUAACCGCCCUCAGUCAUACAGCGACAAUAACGACCGCCGCUUGCCACUCUACGGCGGGUCUCACUCGAGCUGCAUCACCGCUUCCGGCGGGCUGCACCUCCUCCUACCUCGCUGUAUUCGGGGCGUUUUUCGCGCUAUUCGGGACAUUUGGCCAGAUGAAUGCAUUCGGGACGUUUCAAGCGUGGUACGCGCAGCAUCAGCUCAGUCAUCUGGACGCCUCGACAAUAGCGUGGAUUGGCUCGCUGCAGCUCUGGAUGUUCUUUUUCUCGCUGACGAGAUCUUUUCAUGGCGCGCAGGGCGGACUCGUUGGGAAAAUCUUCGAUAUAUACGGACCACGAUGGCUAAUGGCUUCCGGAACGAUUCUCUACGUAUUCAGCAUCGUGAUGACCAGUCUCUCAACACGAUACUACCAGUAUUUAUUAGCUCAAGGGCUAUUAUUUGGGCUCGGAGUCGGCAUGCUUUUCUACCCGGCACUAUCGAGUGUCGCCACUUAUUUCAGCCGGUAUCGCGCGACUGCACUGGGCGUCGCUGCGUCUGGCUCGAGUUUCGGUCUGUCCUCUUCUAGCUAUUUGAACGAUAUGGGUUCGCGUGGGGAGUGCGGAUAUCCGGGCUUGUCAGCGGCGUCUUGUGCCGCUAUUGCGCUAAUGACAGUGACGCGCUACACGCCACCGACAACCAAACAGUUCCCCGUGCUCGGCCUUCCGUACCGCAAAACGGCGUGUACCCUCAUGUCGAGCUUUCGAGACGCGCGAUUCCUUCUCCUGGCAGCUGGAGCCGCCCUCGUCGCGCUGGGCUUAUUCAUUCCAUUCAUCCUCAUUGUCGACUACGCCCACUCGAUUCCGUUCAUUCCCGCCCACAUAGACUUCCUCGUCCUCGCAAUUCUGAACGCGGGCGGCGUCAUUGGCCGGGUCGCGCCAGCAUGUCUAUCCGAUGCAAUAGGUUCUCUGUCUCGUCAUGUGGCUCUUCGCCGGCUCGUCGCUUGCGCUUCUCCUCGCUCAUCACGCCUUGUGUUUCCCAGAUUCCGGAAAUGCGGCAAAUUGGAUGCCGCAUCGGGCUGCUCUGUAGUGCGAUUUCUGUCGCCGCCGUCGUCGGGCUGCCCAUUGCCGGGCUGCUUCUGCAUGCAGACGUAG